GUCGUCACGUGUGUUUUGAAUAGGCGAUCUGCCCCUGUGGAUGUUCUAGCCUGUAUUGAACUGGUAUUAUUAACGUAACGUUUGAACAAUAAUGUCGUUUAUGGAGGACGAAGCAUCAGACAGUGGGGUUGACUCGCGCUCACGGUUGGAAAGCUAUGUAUUCAGUUGUGAGUUGUCCUCUGAUGUUCCAUUUUACACAUUUCAAGCUGAUGAAGAUGAGGAUAUGGAACAUUUUCUCGAGCUUAGAACGAUUUGUCUGGGCGACGGUGCUAAAGAUGAGAAUAACGUGGUGGAAGUUACCGCUAUGAAUCACCAGGGAAAGAAAAUAUCGGUGCCUGUAGCUAAUCUUCACAUAUCCUGUCUACCUAUGGUAAGCCUUGGUGAGUUUGAGUUGAUGGCUCCUGUCACACUACGCCUGAAAUCUGGAUCUGGACCAGUGACUGUCAGUGGGCUGCAUUUAGUUGCCACAGAGAAUGAAGACUCUGACAUGUCAGAUGAGGAAGAUGAUGAUAGUGAGGAGGAAAUGCCUGCUGUCAAACCAGCCAAGAAAAAGCAGUAGCUUUAAUCUCACAAACACAUAUUUUGAUGUUUACAUCACACCUUUAUAUAUUUUAUACAAUACUAGAUUUGAUGUGCCUCUACCAGAUUUAAUGGCGGGUGGCAUAGGAUUUAACAGAUUUUUUUUUACUGCCAGAUGUGGUUGCAAAUGUUGAAUUGAAAGGUAAAGGUCUCAUGAACAUUUGACUUUUGCCAUGCUUCAUGUUGAAAAUGUUUUUAUUUCUGAAUACUGUUACUUAUGCAUACAAGAGAACAAAGAUGUAUUCAUUAUUGGAGUGGUGGUUAUCCUGGGAAUUGAAAAUACAGUCCUGUCCUAUCACCAUUGUGCCCUGAGGCACUUAAGAUGCUAUUGACAGUGGACAGUGAAAAGCAUUCUGUAAAUAAAAUGUGUUUUUUGUAGAAUCU